AAGACCCAACAAGACAACAAACUAAAAAAGUAGGUGAAAGUAUGGUAUUAGUAGAACAACCCUGUAUACUACCACAUUCUGUAGAGUGGUAGAGAGAGGGAGAGAGAACCAAAAGUGAGUGAGAGUGAGAGAGAGAGAAACCAGAGAGAGAGAGGGAGAGAGAGAACAAGAAAGAAAAGGAUUAUAGCAGUCACAGUAAUCUCUGAGUGAAGUUCUGAUCUGGGUCUUGGGUUUCUUGAUCUGGGGAAUUUGGCAAACCGGGAUGGAAAACCGGAACGGAGAACCGGGUUUACAAAGUCUGUUCAUCAACGGAGGAGACCACCUUCUUCAACAGCAGAUUCCUCUGUUCAUGAUGAUGUGAAUUCGUUUGGUCAUCACUAUCAUCUACAUUUUUAGAUUUUGUUUGUUAAAAACAGUUUGAAGGAAUCCGAUGAUUGUGUGUUUAUGGUAGAUUGAUUUGAUUAAGUUUAUAGAUUAGUUCUAUUCUUUCAUUCUUUUAUUUGAUUAUUUAUUGGGGGAGGGUAUUCAUUUCAUUUUCUCUUAUUUAUUUGCAUAUUAAGUCACACAAAAAAAAAUCAUUAUUUUUCAUUCAUAUAGGAUUCACUUUGAUUUCUCAUUUUUUUCCCAUCGGAUUCCAUUUUUUAAUCAAUUGUUGUUUGUGCAAACACUCACACACACACACACACUUAGACCAUAUCACAGAUAUUUUGGGUUGGGUAGAUAUAUAUUUUGUAGAGGAUGUUGGCAGGUUGUUCAAGUUCAUCAUUGUUGUCACCGACCCGAAGAUUAAGGAGUGAAGCAGUAGCAGCAGCAGCAGCAACAUCAUCAACCGUAUCAGUGCAUUUUCCCAUGAACACACAGAGACUGGACUUACCCUGCAGCAGUAGUAACUUCUCCCGCAAGGAAACACCUUCGAGCCGACCACUUGCACGAAGCAUCUCCCUCGACAACAUCAACACCAACAACAACAAAACUGGUGGAUGUUCGCUUAAGCAGAGCAUAAAGCUUCCACCUUUGGCAACUACAAGAGGAAACGCAGAUGGGUUUUCUUGGAACAACGACAACAACAACAGAGAGAAGAAGAGCUUAAAGAGAUUGGCUGAAGACAAGGAGGACGAGUCUUGUCUGAGCAGAGUUAAGAGACAAAGAGGUGGAGAAGAAACAGGUGGAGAUGAUCACAACAUGGGUUUCUGGUUUGAACAUUUCACUCCAGCACCGUUACCCUUUUCUUUGACAUGUUCAGGUGAUAAUAACGAUGAUGAAAAGGUGAUCUCUUCUCAGCCUUUACCGGGUCAUCCACACUGGGUUAACUCGGUGAUAACCGAGUUAGCUGGUUUAGGCGAUAAGGACGUUGAGACUAACCGUCCUGCUUCAGGAUCAUCAACAAGCGCAUCAGCAGAGAGUCAUAGCCUUAGACACAGCAGAGUACCACAACCAACAAACGGUUCAAGAAACCCAUAUUCACAACACCAAGGCAGCAGCAGCAUUGAAGGAAGGAUCAACAACGGCAACAACAACAACAACAACCACAGGAACGAUUCACAGAGAGAUCUAGAGCUAGUGAACCUCCUCAUCGGAUGCUUAGAAGCGAUCAGGACAAGAAACAUAGCAGCCAUCAACCAUUUCAUCGCGAGAACAGGCGAACUCGCUUCUCCCAGAGGAACCACACCGAUGACUCGUCUCAUAUCUUACUACACCGAAGCUUUAGCUCUAAGAGUGGCUCGCAUGUGGCCUCACAUCUUCCACAUCGCGCCGCCUCGCGAGUUCGAAAGAACCCUCGAGGCCGCCGACGACGCGCUUAGGUUCUUGAACCAAGUGACACCCAUCCCGAAGUUCAUCCACUACACAGCGAACUCAAUGCUGCUCAGAGCGUUCGAAGGGAAAGAGAGAGUCCACGUCAUCGACUUCGACAUCAAGCAAGGGCUACAAUGGCCGAGCUUCUUCCAGAGCCUAGCUUCGAGGCCGAACCCCCCGCGCCACGUGCGGAUCACGGGCGUGGGGGAGUCGAAACACGAGCUGAACGAGACGGGAGACCGCCUCCACGGCUUCGCGGAGGCGAUGCGUCUCCCGUUCGAGUUCCACCCCGUGGUGGACAGGCUCGAGGACGUGAGGCUGUGGAUGCUCCACGUCAAGGAAGGAGAAGCAGUCGCCGUGAACUGCGUUUCGCAGAUGCACAAGACGCUCUACGACGGGACGGGAGCCGCGGUUAGGGACUUUGUUGGUCUGGUGAGGAGCACGAACCCUGUGGCUGUCGUUGUCGCGGAACAGGAGGCGGAGCACAACUCGAGGCAGCUCGAGGGGAGAGUGUUUAACUCGCUCAAGUACUACUCGGCGGUUUUCGACGUGAUGCACAAGCGUCUCGGGGUGGAUAGCUUGAUGAGGGUUAAGAUCGAGGAGGUUUUGUUCGGGAGGGAGAUCAGGAACAUUGUGGCGUGCGAAGGAAGUCAUCGGCAGGAGAGGCAUGUGGGGUUUGGGCAGUGGAGGAGGAUGCUGGAGCAGUUAGGGUUUCGGAGUCUUGGAGUUUCGGAGAGAGAGGUUUUGCAGAGCAGGAUGUUGCUUAGGAUGUAUGGAGAUGGGGAUGAGGAGUUCUUUAAUGUAGAGAGGAGCGAUGAAGACGGAGGAGGAGUCACGUUAAGGUGGUUGGAUCAGCCGCUUUACACGGUCUCGGCUUGGAGUGUCGGAGGGGUUUAAGAAAGAAAAAUGAAGAAGUUUAUUUAAUGAAAUUUUAUACAUUUAGGGAUUUUAGAAACUAUAUAGAAAUGGGUAGGUAAAGUGUUUGUUUAAGAAGAAAAUUCGUUUAAUUCUUUUAUUCCUUUUUCUUGGGGUGGGAAAUUUUUUUUAUAAAUGAAGGCUUAGAAGAAAUAUUUUGUAUUAGUUUGGGAUCUUAUAAUGAAUAAGAAAAUGAAGUAAUUUUAUA